AAAAAAAAGGCUGCUCCAAUGUGUGUAUGUCAGAAGCUGUCGUAAAAUAGCAGUCAACAUUCUAUCUCUUACUUUCCUCUUUUUCUCUCUUUAACGAUAAAACCCUCGCCUCCAGAAAAUGCUCUAAUUUCUCCGGCGAAAUUCGCCGCCGACACUUCAUUUUCCGCCGUUGAUCUCGAUUUUUUACCAUGGAAGAUACACAAUCAGUUGCAACACUGAUGGACUCCACAACCUCUAAGAUACAGCAGCUACAGAAAGCAUUUGCUGAGUUGGAAAGUCAUCGUGCUGUUACUCUAAACCUGAAAUGGAAGCAACUCGAAGAGCACUUUCAUGGGCUUGAAAAGUCCUUGAAGAGGCGCUUCACCGAAUUGGAAGACCAAGAGAAGGAGUUUGAAACAAAAAUAGUUCAAUCUAAAAAGAUAUUGGAGAAUCGUCAAGCUGCUGUUAUCUCUAGCGAGAAAGCUUCACUUGAGAGCCUCCAAGAGAAAAGAGAUGCAGCAGUUUCUGCCAUUACUAUUGCUAUGGAGAAACAUACGAAGCCUAAUUGCGUGGAACCUACUGGUGCUACUCAUGAGGUGCAAGGUGAGUCGUUUAUGUUUGAUGCAAAGCCCCUUGAUUUCAUACCACUUGAGAAUACAGAGGACAAUAUGAAGCCUUUCAAGAAUGGUGUUGUGGAAGUCAAAUGUUAUCCAGAUUUAGUUAAAUUAUGCCAAGAUAUGGACUCAGAAGGCCUCCACAAAUUCAUAUCUGACAACCGCAAGAACCUGGCUGCUGUAAGGGAGGAAAUUCCAUCUGCUUUAAGAACUGCUGUUGAUCCUGCCUAUUUGGUGCUGGACUCACUCAAGGGUUUUUACCCUUCAGAAGUGUCAAUUUCAGAUGCUAAAAAAGAUGCAAAUCUUUUAGGUCUUCGCCGUACUUGUAUUAUGCUAAUGGAAUGCCUCAGCAUUUUAUUAGCAACCCUGGAAUUGGAUUGUAUUUCAAGUUUAAUAUCAACAAGUGUAAAGGGACAUGCGAAUGCAAUUGCUGAGAAGUGGAAACCAAAGUUAGAUGAGCUUGACAUUGAUGCAAAUAAUGGGAACUCCUUGGAGGCUCAUGCAUUCUUACAGCUUCUAGCUACUUUUGGUAUUAACUCCAACUUUAACCAGGAAGACUUGUACAAGCUAAUUCCCAUGGUUUCACGUCGUCGCCAAACAGCAGAUCUCUGCCGUUCCCUUGGAUUGUCUGAGAGAAUGCCAGGUGUUAUUGAUGUGUUGGUUAAUAAUGGAAGGCAUAUAGAUGCUGUUAAUCUAGCUUUUGCAUUUGAGCUGACCGACAAGUUUUCACCCGUUUCACUACUAAAAUCCUACUUGAAUGAAGCAAGCAAAGUAUCUUCACCUGUCAAAUCUGGAAAUGCAUCACCUACUACUGCACAGAAUGAUGUCAACGAGAAGCAGCUGACUGCACUGAAGGCUGUGAUAAAGUGCAUCGAGGACCAUAAACUAGAGGCGCAAUACCCCAUGGAUCCUCUCCAGAAAAGGGUUCUCCAGCUGGAGAAAGAAAAGGCAGACAAGAAAAGAGCAACUGAAGUUGCCAAACCUCAACCCAAGAGACCUCGUGCCAAUUGCAUAGCAAAUGGAGCUCGAGUCACUAACAUUGCCCCUGACAAGAACUUCUAUGCUAGCAGAAUGACAGAUAGGUACCCACAGUACAUAUAUGAUCGACCAUAUGCUUACCCUGGACCAACUGACACCCAUGUUCCAUCAUUCCUUGGUACUGCCUACAACCUUCCUCCCGGACAUGGUAACUUCUUCGGAAAUGGUUACCACUAUCAGGCGACUUACCUGCACUAAUCGCUAGACUUUGCUGAAGAUCCUAUUAGCUGUUAGUGUUAACCCUUCUGCUUAACUAGUACUGAUAGUAGAGCCUAGUUAACUUCUAUUCUGAUGUAAAAGCUAAUACUGUGAUGUUUUAAUAUAUGCACUGCCUUUCAUGUUAA